AUGGCAACUCCAUCGACCAAACCUGGCGCAACGCCAACCCACCUCACCUCUUCUCCGCACCCAUCCUCUGCGCCUCUUCGGUCCUUCGCUCAUAAAUCGCCGUCAAUAAGAACGCCGACAUCCUCAGGGCCUGGUCAUGUACCCCAGGUCAGCGCCCCUGCGCAUCAGUAUGCAACACCUCUUGCCGUGACAAGCGCCGUCGACGACGCGGUCAAUUUCAGUUCACCGUCAGCACUUCUCGCCCUUGGUGGCUUCACUGGUAUUAGUCCAUCACCAGCAGUUCAUGACAGCCUUGUCGGACCGGGAAUGAACGAGAAUGAUAUCCAGAAUCUGGGAAUGCAGGGUCUCAAGCUCAGCGGCGUUGGGCGCGAUAGCGACGAGGAACAGAAGCACCGAAUCCGGGAGGUGGUUCAGUGCCUUCGGGCGCGCGUUGCGGGAAGAGGUGUAUCCCGAGAAGGUAUCGAGCGACUGAGCCAGCUGGAGGGAUUUGAAUCGAUUUGGCAAGAUAAUGACAUUAACAUCGCCGGUAACUUCGUCGAUCUGGAGAUCGAAUUCUACGCCGGUCACGACGUUGUCAAAAAUGUUAGUCUGCGAUACGCGACCCCCGAGUACACGGAAGGUGAGCGACGAGAAGAAGCUACCGCGGUCCUGAAGCGGAACCUUGUGCAACCGCUCGAAGAUGUCGAGCACGGCAAAUGGAGGUCGCUCCAGGGGUUCCACGAGAAUUUACACUGGCUUGCAAAGCUCGACAAGCUCAGUCAAGAAGUCAACUGUUUCGAGGCAUUGGAAAACCUGGAGGAGAAUCUCAAGCGGAUCUGGGCCGAGGAAGGAAAGGACGGGAAAUACGGCGGUGAUUACGAACAUCUAUGUGCAGGUGUCAUUGGGCGCCCAAGCAUGCACAAAGGAUCUCGGAUCGGACUAGGUCUGGAAUAUUGGGUUGAGCAGGCCAAGGUCCUGGAUGCAAAGCAGCAGAAAAACUCCCCCGAUGCGAUGGCAAUUGACCCACCUCAAGACCAAACCGCAAAAGGAGUUGACGAGCAGCUGAAGAUAUGGACUGUGAUGCUCGAAUGUGAAGAAGGAUAUCCAUCCCUCCGCAUCUCUAAAGAAUGGGUGGGAAGCGAGGUAUUCGCACCCGGUCAGAACAGCGUGUCGGCCGCUUCAGGUGGUCCCACAGAAUCCGUGAACUGGCUUGACCCUCACCAGACCAUGCGGUUGUCUCAUGGCAAUCAUCCGGAUCCCAUGGCUCUGGAUUCUAGCAUGCUCGAAUCGUCACCUCCCAAUCGUCGUUUCGUUGCGAAGUUGGACCCUCCCCUUGACCUUCCAAUCCUUGCAGCCUCCGAAAUCUAUCGGCAUCUUGGGAUGCAGCUACCGCAAGAGUUCAAGAUGGUUACAUAUGAUGGGUUGCUGGUUUCAGACGGAUUACCCUUGGUAUCUACGCCGCAACCCGGCCGGAGAAAGCGCCGGAUGUCGGCGCAGGCCUUUGAUUCGAUGGGCACACCCUACACGAACCAGCACAGCUACACAUUCCAGGCAUUUGAGUCCGUUGCUGGCCGUACUAUCCGUGAUCUUCCAUUUUCGCACCCUCGACAACUCGCUGAUAUUCUCCCAGUUUUCCGUCAAUAUGCUUUGUUAGCGAGUUUGAUACGGAACAUCUUUAACCAGCCUGCCAAGGACACGGAUGACCAACAAGAGCCUUCAAAGGUGACACCGACCAGCUCAUCGGAUCCUGCGGGCCAAAAAUCAUGGGGCUUCCCUGCUCAAGAUGGUAUCAUUACUCUCAGCAACGAUGACCCUAACGAGGAGAAGUUGAAAGCCCUCCUUGGCGAUGGUUUCUCACGCGCGUUCUUGGUUUCCUCCAAUGCGUCUCCAUUCCCGGGCGAAGACUAUUUGGACGAUGUCAAGGUGGACGUGACGCUACGUACGCAACUCGGCCAAGCCCCGGCCUUGAUGCUGCUCAUCACAGACCCCGGCAACAACGCCGACAAGUCUCUGCGUGAGCCAGUACAUGUCUCAAUCUGUUUCGAGAUUGGCCUGAAUGGCCGCGUGUCCGUCGUCGACACUGCCGAGCUUCUGAAUGGUGGUGCGGAGGGCGGUGACGGCGGCGAUGCGGCGAUGCAAGGGACCAACGCCGCCGGGCCAGCGCUGCAGGAUAUCCACAAGAAGAUCGCCCGGGUUCUUGAGAUCUCACAGGACCUGAGGAUCCUGGUCGAGUGGGUCCUGCGCUGGCUGCGACAGCGGGCCGGCGGCGGGUGA